GAAUUUAAUAUUAAAGUUCUUCAGGCUUUUGUCGAACUCCAUGAGUUUGCUGAUCUCAACCUUGUGCAAGCCUUACGGCAGUUCUUGUGGAGCUUCAGACUUCCAGGGGAGGCUCAGAAAAUUGAUCGCAUGAUGGAGGCUUUUGCUUCACGCUACUGCCUGUGCAACCCUGGGGUUUUCCAGUCCACAGACACAUGCUACGUGCUGUCAUUUGCGAUCAUCAUGCUCAACACCAGCCUACACAACCACAAUGUGCGUGACAAGCCCACAGCAGAGCGGUUCAUAAGCAUGAACCGCGGCAUCAACGAGGGAGGGGACCUCCCUGAGGAGCUGCUGAGGAAUUUAUAUGAAAGUAUUAAGAAUGAACCAUUUAAAAUCCCAGAGGACGAUGGGAAUGACCUGACACACACGUUCUUCAACCCUGACCGGGAAGGCUGGCUCCUGAAGCUGGGAGGGCGUGUGAAGACCUGGAAGCGGCGGUGGUUCAUCCUGACAGACAACUGCCUCUACUACUUUGAAUACACGACAGAUAAAGAGCCCAGAGGGAUCAUCCCGCUGGAAAACCUCAGCAUACGGGAGGUGGAAGACCCGCGGAAACCUAACUGUUUUGAGCUCUAUAACCCAAGCCACAAAGGGCAGGUCAUCAAAGCCUGUAAAACAGAAGCCGACGGCAGAGUGGUGGAGGGGAACCACGUGGUGUACCGGAUCUCGGCCCCCAGCCCCGAGGAGAAGGAGGAGUGGAUGAAAUCCAUCAAAGCAAGUAUCAGUAGGGAUCCUUUCUAUGACAUGUUGGCAACGAGGAAAAGAAGGAUUGCCAAUAAGAAAUAGAGCUUUCCUGCUUGAACAGCCUUGGGCUGGGGUCUGCGACUGUCCCGGAGCUCACGGUGGGAGAAGUCAAAACCUGCGCGCGCCCGGUUUCAUCAGUGGCAGCGCCUGGUGGCUCAGCCCGGAAAACCUGUGCCACAGAUGCGGGACUCACUUUCCGCAGACAGAGCCUCGUUCCUACCGGUCCCAGCCAUGCGCCCACUCGUGGUGGGGUUAUCCAUUCUAGAAGCCACUGUGUCGUAUCACAACACGAAAGGAAAAGCUACCAGUUUUUUAUUCAGAUUUUUUUUCUCAGAUAUAUAGGAUUAUAGCUUUUAUAUGCCUUUUUAUAUUCUGAAAUUAUAACAAAAGAUACUUUCUAACAGUAGUAUUUUUAGAAUGGCAGCUAUAAAUUUAACUCCUGGA